CUCUGGUGUUCUGGUGCCUUUCAAGUGUGACUUGACCAACGAAGAGGAGAUUCUGUCCAUGUUUGCAGCGAUCAAAGAGCAGCACAGAGGCGUGGACGUGUGCAUCAACAACGCCGGCUUGGCUCACCCAGAGCCGCUGCUAAGUGGCAAAACCAGCGGCUGGAAGAACAUGAUGGAUGUGAACGUUUUUGGAUUGAGUAUCUGCGCGCGUGAAGCAUAUCAGUCAAUGAAAGAGAGACAUGUUGACGAUGGGCACAUCAUAAACAUAAACAGUGUAUGUGGACAUCAUGUGAUUCCCCAUGCUGAUGUACAUUUCUACACCGCCACCAAGUUUGCUGUAACCGCUCUGACUGAGGGCUUAAGGCAGGAGCUCCGUGCAGAAAACACCCAUAUCCGAGCCACAAGCAUUUCUCCCAGCUUAGUGAAGACUGAAUUUCCUUUGCGGCUCUAUAGCAACAAUCCAGAUAUAAAAGCCAGAGUUUUCUCUGCAUAUAAG